GGUGGGUGAGGGGAGGGAGAAAGGAUUGAGAGCCAGCCGCCUUCAAAAAUGGCGUCUUCCGAGGAAAAAGACUAAAAAUAUAGAAAACGAGGCCUACUUUCCGUCUUCAUCGAUUUUUGAAAUUUAGAUGAUGGUUUCCAGAUGUCGCGAUAUCGUCGUAGUCAUGAUUUUGUAAUGUAAAAAAGGAGAAGGAAUGGUAGAAGGCUAUAUAGAUAGCAACCCAGUUUUAUUUUGAUGCGUCGACAGGGCUAGCUAGCUAUUAACUAGUAGCAUCUGCUAGCCCACAACGAUUUCAGGAUGGGAAGGCAUUUUGCAUGCUAAAUAAAUCACGAUUACUGUUCUAUGAUCAUUUAUCGUUUGAUCCUAUUUGGAACAGUCGUGAGAUAUCGAUGUUAAUCUUUUCAGUCGCGGAUCAAUGCAUUUGCUCUAGCAAUAAAGGGAAUGGUAUACGGCAUGAAUGUUUCUCUGCAAUUUAUCGAUAAUUUAUCAUGAUCGUGUAUAGCGUCGUUGCAAUUUGGCAGUUGUGGAAAUUAUAUUUAGAGGAAAGUGUAGGAAAGGAGAGACUGAUUUUUGGAGGUGGUUGGAGUACAUCCCCUGACCCCCCCUUUUUGUCCAGUUUUCUCCUCCCCUCCAUUUCUCUUUCAAUAUACUGUUUUCCAAUCCCUUUGAUUUUCUAAUGAAACGGGGGAAAUAGUCUAAAAUCUAUCACGGGGAAGACUGAUACCCCAAGUCUGUGAAAAUUCCUAAUACUUAAGAGUUUUCGUCCUUGUAACACAUUUCUCAUAAAUGAAAAAUGGAUAGAAAUUACCCGGGAACAGGGUUCGGUGAUUUGGGCGCAGGAGCCGGAUGGAGUUAUGAGAGAUCAGCGAAAGCAAGUCUCGUCUAUGGAAGUUCCAGAUCAUCACACCCCGAGUCGGAACUUCUCCAUCGACAAACCUACGGCACUCCCCAUCCUCUGCAGGGCUAUUCGACCAAUCACCACCCAGGCAGCUCUGGCCAAGGCGGGGCUUGGGGAGCAGGACGGAGUUUGGGUCUCUCUGGACUGUUUGAAACAGGCCUGCACCAUGCCAGUCCCUCUGGUCCAGAUGCUUCGGUCAUGAAUCUGAUCUCCGCUCUGGAGUCCCAGCGAGGUCCCCAGGCUCCUCCCUCCGCCUCCUCCCUCCUCUCCCAGUUCCGCACGCCGUCCUGGCAGACGGCGAUACAUACCCCUGCCCCUGCUGAGCUCUUCAUCUCCGGGCCCCUCCCCGGCUCGGGCUCCUUCACCUCUUCCUCGGCCCUGUCCGCCUAUCAGCACCCGGCCUCCUUCUCCAGCCGCUCCUUCCCCACCCUCCAGGACACGCCCACGUUCAACUCCACCUCCAACGGACUCCUCUCCCCCCACGACCCUCUGUUGCAUAUCAAGAGUCCCUCUCAGUCCAGCCUGGGCUUUGACCGCCUCCUGCCCUCCCAGAGCGCCGCCACAGCCUACCGGGGCGGCCAGGACCCCACAGGCGCCUCGUCGGUCCAGGCCUCAUCAGCGCGGCACCUACAGUCCCACCAGUUCAACCUGCUGUCCUCUCAGCUGCAGGACCAGUCCUCCCAGUUGUACAACGCCUCAGUGUUUUCCUCAGCCCAGGCUCAGGCCCAGUCUAACUCGAUCCAGGAGAGGGCUGUGCCCCGGCAGGACAGCGUGAUCAAGCACUACCAGCGCCCCACGCCGUCCCAGUCCCAGCUCUCCUCCUCAGCGGCCCACUCCCUGCAGCAUUACCUCAGCUGCGGCGGGGCUGGGUACCAGCAGAUCGCCCACCACAGGCAGGCCGGACUCUCUUGCAGCCCCGUGGGCGACCAGAGCCCCUCGGACCACAAGGCCUCUUCCCGGACGGAACAGGUGUACCGGCCCAUCAUCCAGCCCCCCCUCUCGAUCUCCAUCUCUUCUUCAGCAGCGGGAAAGGGCACCAAGAGCAACUCCAGCAACGGCUACUCCUCGACCAGCUCGGCGUCCUCCUCCCGUACCCCUCACACGCCCCCUUCUGCGUCCUCCAGCUCUUCAACGACCUCCUCUUCCUCCUCUGCCUCGGGAGCCCACCCCUCCAACUCACUCCCCCCCUCCAGCUCCAGCUCGGCCCCGUCUAGACAGCAGCCUCCCCCUCAGAGUGCUCCAGCUACCCAGCAGCAACCCCCUCCUACCUCUUCCACAUCUGUCCAGCAGCCCUUACCCAAACACAGCCUCUCAGGCUACGGCUCACCCGUGCCCCCAGUGAAACCCCCCGCCACCGCUCUCACAGGCCAAACCCCGCCACAACAGCAGAACCAAUCAUACUCUCCCAGCCAGCCCCCUCCCUCCCACCUACCCCAGUCCUAUGGUGGUUUCAGCUCCCCUCAGGCCCAGGACCUGAGCUCAGCCGGAGGAAGAAAAGGCUACGGAAGCCUGGGAGGGCGAAGCCAGUCGUACUCGGCUGAUGUGGUCUACGGGGCUGACUCUGCCUAUGGGUCCGUCCCCUCCUCUCUGGGCGGAGCGGGAUGUCCAUCGCUGGGUUACGGCCCAGGCCACUCCCCAGCUCUUUUACAGUCGAGCGGGUCGUCGGUGGGCGGAACUUCAGGAGGCGGUGGUAGCAGCACCGCAGGUAGCGGGAACUCCGGUUCUGGAGGAGCUGGGAGUAGUAUGGCCAAUGAGAGAGUAGGUGGCGCCAGAGUAGGGCCUUACCAUAUCCCUGAGUCUAUCCCCUCUCCGUCGGCUAACUCUGGGAUCAUCCGUCCAGGGUUGCACUCCCCCACCCCUGCCUGCCCCACCCAGUCCCCGGGAGGAACGGCCUCCAACAAAUACAUCUCCUCUGUCCUCUCUCCCACCUUCAUCUCCUCCCCUCAGGGCUACCCCGACACCAGAGGUCCCCAGUCCCAGUCCUACCACCCCACCGCCAACAAGACCAAGUCCGACUCCAGCCGCAUGCUAGGUGUGGGCUCCCAGAGGUCUCAAGAGGAUGUGGACGAUGAUGACGACUUUUUGAUCCAGCACCUUCUCCAAGCCCAGGCCAGUCCCACACCCCAGGCGUCCCAUCACCACUCCCAGCAGCAACAACCUCAACAGACGGCCCAACAACAGGCACCUCUGCAGCCUGUCCCCUCUACCACGGACGGCGGCAAGGGGCUGUCGUCCUACGAGCUCGGCAAGAGCUCUGAGGAGAGGUACCACCUCCAGAGCGUCAUCCGCACCCACAGCGCUACCUCCAGUGCCGGUGCCGGAUCUGGGGGUGCGGUCACGAGCCUAGACAGCCAGCUGGAGAUGUCUCUCAAGAAACAUCAACAACAACAGAGGAUUGACAGUGAAGGCGGUGGCAGGAGUGGCGGAAGAGGAGGUGCCGAGCAAAGCCACCCCCAUCUACACCACCACGACUCCCUGGGGUCGGUGGUGCACUACGGCCGGAGCGACCCGUACUCCCAGCACUCCCUGGGCCCCCAACACUCCUCCCACGCGCAGCAGCAACACGCCGCCUCUCACACCCACCUACAGUCCCACGCUCACAUGGAGCUGCAGAAGAAUCCACAAGAGCGCUCCGAGCUGGUGUACCCUCGCAAGAACCCCGAGGUGCAACAGCACUCUCAAUCCUCGGCCUCCCUUGUGGAUUCCCCCACGGACCAGUCCCACCAGCCGCCCCACCUGCUCCAGUCUGUGCUGUCCCACACCACUCGCAACAAGAUGGAGCCCCAUCAGCAGCAGCAUUCAGUGGGCCAGCAACAAGCAAUGAUGGAUGGAGCCGGAGGGAGAAUGGGCGCGGGCAAACACCAGUCCCAGACCCAGCAGGCCUCCCAGCUUCAGCUACAACUCCAGUCCCAGGCUUUGGAGGUCGCAGCGGCAGCGGCUCACUACAACCACGGACCUCCUCGGCAAGACCAGAGCCAGUCCAAGCAGCGACAGCAGAGCUCGGUGGUGUCCUCAAUGGACAUGCUUGACCGCUCGCUCUCCCAGACCUCCAGUGCGGACGGAGGGGGAGUGGAGGAGAGGAGAGGAGGAGGAGGUGGUGGUGGUGGUGCAGGAGGAAGAGGUGGAGGGAGCGGAGAGCGCCACAGGCAGCAGCAGCAAGAGCAGCAGAGGCUCUCGUCCCACCACCCUCAACACUCCGCCUCGGAGCUCCACUCGUUCCUCUCUGAGCCCGACAUGGGCUUAUCCGCCCCCUUGCACGUGCACCACCUCCCCCAACACCAUCAACACCCCAACUCCCACCACCAGCAAAGCCACUCGGGGCACCACCCCCACUCCCAUGGCCACGCUCACCCCCAGGCUCAUACUCACCCCCAGCCCCUUCCCUCCACCCACUCCCAGCAACAGGAGUCCCAGUCACACCCGUCCCAGCUCACCCCAGGCCAGCAAGUCCAAAUAGACCAUCAUCAGCGCACCGAGCAGCACCCAUUCGACACGGUCAGCCCUGGGGAGAAAAGCUGUGGCCAGAGCCAGAACCGCUUUGUCACACUCAACUCUAUUUGCUUCCCGGACUCGCUCCUGCAGGACGAGGACCGCUCCUUCUUCCCCGGCAUGGAGGACAUGUUCUGCUCAGACGACUUCUCCAAGUCGAGCUGUGCCGGAGGCGCUGGCCCAGUGCAGGAGGAGAUGAACCAGGAGGGACCAGGAGGGGGCCAUGAGGAGCCCAUGAAGGAUAAUUCAGGAGGGGGAAGCGGAGGAGCCGGGUAUGAAAUGCUGGCCGACCAGGGCUAUGGGCAAUACUGCCACAGGCUUCCCGAGUCCGGCAACCGCACCCUGGACCUGGAUGAGCUGCCGUCCACUGUUAACACGGCGCAGCUGGGCCUGAUCCAGUCCUCUAGUCCAGGCGGGUGCACCGGUGGAACUGGCACCGGGCCUGGAGGCCUCACCUCGCCCAUCUUCUGCUCGUCGCGCCCCAAGAAGCUCCUCAAGUCCAGCUCGUUCCACCUGCUCAAGGAGCGCCGAGACCCCAACACACUGCCCAAAAAGAGCUACGCGCAGGAGUACGAGUUUGAGGAUGAUGAGGACAAGGACAACCAGCCAGCGGACAUCCGUCUGAACAGCCGCCGGCUCCCUGACCACCUCCCCGACCUGGUCUCCAGCUGCCGUAAGACAGGAGGGGGGGCCGGAGGAGGAGGCACGCUCAGCCCCCUCAUGGGCGACCUCGACUUCUACCACUCCCUCUGCCCCCCUCCCCAGCUCCUGCCGCAGGACGGGCCCAAGAAGAGGGGCCGUAAACCCACCAAGCCAAAGAGAGCAGGGCCUCCAAGGCCCAGGGGUAGGCCUCGCAUUCGCCCGCAGCCCGAGCAGCACGCACCCCGUGGAAUGAUGGGCGGUGAGAUGGGAGGAGGAACCGAAGCAGGAAGUGGGUUUGGAGGAGGAAUUGAGGUUAAACGGAGCAGGGGCCGUGGUGGAGGCGGAGGCCGAGGGAGAGGGAGGAGAGACGACAUGUUUAUGGAGAUAACUGGGAAGGAGCAGAUGCAACAACACCACCUUAAUCGGCAACAGCAUCAACUUCACCACCAGGCUCCACCCCCACUUCACCAGGAGCCCAUACCGCAUCUCAAGAUCAAACUGCCCAUUGGCUCCAUGUCCUCUUCCGAAGCCCUGCUGAGGACCGACUCUCUGUCCGGCACGGACCCCGCUCUAUCAGACGGCUCAGUGGGCUCUGCUCCCUCCCUUGGCCUAAGUCCUGGACCCCUGUGCGAAGGGGUAGACUCCCACAGGACCCAGGAAAGAAGCAAGCAGAAGAGCCAGAUACAGAGUGACGGAGUGGAUGGCGAGGGGAUGGAUGGAAGGGGGAAUGAGAAAUCAGGCUGCAUGGCCUCCUUCAUGGACUUCCUCAAGUCGGGAAAGAGACCUCCGGGCUUGGAAAUGCAAUCAGGAAACGGUGACGUCUCGCCUCUUAAAUCUGACGGACUCUGUCCCCUGUCCCCGGCACCCCCUCCAACACUGCCUCAGUUCGGUGAGGGCAAGAGCAACAGCGGCCUAGGGGGCUGCCCCAGUCCCUGCAAGCGCACCCUGGACGAUGAGCUGAAGAGGAACUUGGAGACGCUGCCCUCGUUCUCCUCAGACGAGGAGGAUUCGGUGGGCAAGAACCAGGACCUGCAGAAAAGCAUCUCCUCGGCCAUCUCGGCUCUCUACGACACGCCGCAGCUGGCCUCGCUUCAGCAGCCCCCACCUUCUCCCCCACCCCAGUCCCAAGACUCAGCCAGGCCCAGCCAGGCCCCGCUCACACCGACCACCCUGCAGCCCCCAGCCCUUAGCCCCCAGCCUCCCUCACUCAACCCUCACUCCCAGCCCCAGGCGGCCGAGCCGGCAGUACUACAGCGAGAGGACCAGGAGAUGGAGGAGAAUGAGGAAGAGAGGAAGGUCCAUGGAGGGGGUGAUAAGGAGAGUGAAGUGAAUGAUAUGGAAGAGGAGGAGCCAGAGUUGGAGAUACUUGGUGCUCCCAGAUUGGAAGCCUCAGCACCAGUGGCACCAGUCGGUCCCUCACCUCUCUCCGCCUCCCCCGCUCAGUCCUUCUCUCCCUCUCCACCACCUUCCCCCUUACUUCUCCUCUCUCUCCCUUCAUCACCCCUGCCCCCACAAGAGGCGGCACAACAGAAGCAGUCCCAACCUCCGAGCCCCCUCCCUCCUUCUAUUCCUUCUCUUCCUCCUGCUCCCGCCACCCUCCCUCCUUCCUCCCAGACUCCCCCGGCCUCGGAUUCCCCCGAGCCAGCACUGGAGCCCCCCGCGUCCCCGGAAGACGCCCCUGCCCCUCAGGUCACCUCGCUGCAUGUGGCCCAGAAGCAGGAGGACGCCGCCAUUGCUGGAGAGAGCGAGGAUGACAAGAGCGAGAGUGGAGGGGAAGGCAUUUUCCGAGAGAGGGACGAGUUUGUGGUGCGCGUAGAAGACAUCGGAACUAUGAAGCUGGCCCUGAAGACCGGUCGAGAACCUCCCCCCAUCUGGAGGGUGCAGAAAGCCCUGCUGCAGAAGUUCAGCCCUGAGAUUAAGAACGGACAGAGGCAGUUCUGUGCCACCAGCAAUUAUCUGGGCUACUUUGGUGACGCCAAGAGGCGAUACCAGCGCCUGUACGUCAAGUUCCUGGAGAACAUCAACAAGAAGGACUAUGUGAGAGUGUGCUCUCGACGACCCUGGCACAGACCAUCCGGACUGAGGCAACAGGUCCUCCCCAAAAUGGCGUCCCCGCCUCUCACCACCCAGAUCCCGCCCCGAGCUGAGAAGGAAGAGAGGGAGCAGCGAGUGGCACCGGCGCGAGAGCUGGUGCAGCGUGAGCCCAGGGAGAGAACAAGGGCAAAGAACGAACAGCGAGAGAAGGAGAAGGCGGCUGCGGUAGUGAAAGAGGAGUUGGAGAAAGAGAAGCAGAGGGAGAAAGAGAAGAGGGUGCAGCCAUCUCAGAAGCCCGAGAAACGGUCCGCCACAGUGGCAACGACAGAACGAGGGAAAGAGAAGAUGGGGGGAGUGGAGAAAGGGAAGACUGUAGAGCGCCCUUCCAAGUCGAAGCCAGCCAAGGUCAAGGCGGAACCUCUUCCGAAAAAGAGGAAGUGGCUGAAGGGGGUCCCCUCGUCGUCUGAUUCCGACUCAUCUGAGGAGGCAGCCAGCGAGGAUGAGAUGACCGUGCAAGGCAGGGUGAACAAUCGGGCAAUGCGGGAGAUGUUCAGGAGCUAUGUGGAGAUGCUGGUCAGCACGGCCCUGGAUCCCGACAUGAUCCAAGCCCUGGAGGAUACAGAAGAUGAGCUGUACCUCCCUGGAAUGAGGAAGAUUGAUGGCAUCAUCGUGGAACAGAAGAGGAGACUGAUGAGGAGAGUAAACAUGAGUACUCAGCACCAGGAGACCCUCCACAUGUAUCCUCAUAUGGCGGCAGACCCCCUGGAUUCAGGAGCUGUGUGGAUGCGGCUCAGUGGGGAGGGCUACAACCGCAAGACCCUUAACAGAGUCAAGAAGAGCCUACCCAAACCACAGGACCUUAAACUGUCAACAGAAUCAUGUCGGAUCUACAGCCUCUAUCACUCCCUGCAUCAUUAUAAAUAUCAUACUUUCUUACACUGCAAGAAAGAGACCAACACUAUAGAGCAGGCAGCUGAGGACCCUGGGCAGGAGGAGGUGGUGCAGCAGUGUAUGGCCAACCAGGGCUGGCUGGACACCCUCUUCAACUCCUUCAUCGAGCUGCUCACACUCAGCGCCAAGGCCUGAGCGACAGACAGAGGGGAUGGAAGACAGAAAGAAAAGAGAGCGAAGAACAAAAGGCACAGAAACUAGGCCCCAGGAACGGUGAGGUGGGCGAACAAGGGGAACGAGGUAAGAGGUCCCAUCCCACCUGGAGUCGUGUGGGUCCGACGGACAACUUGAAACUCGAGGAACAAGAGGGUCGGUAGGUGUGACCUUGGAGAGUGACCUCCUUAGUUCAUUGACAAAAAAAUAUAGCAAUUAAUUGACUUGGCCUUGAGAAUGGAUGAUGACCCCACAGGAGCUGGUGUUGUACCUGAUUGGUCAAGAAGACACUGACCAAUCAGGAGGCAAAGACCAAGGUGAGAAAAUACACCGAAGGCAGAAGGAGGAGCUAUUGCACCUAGUCACGUGGAUUGCCUCACAGACAUCGUAAAACUGUGCGUCAGACAGAAACGUUUCGGAGAAUCUAUUACUGUCUGUUUUUACAUAAAUGAUUUGUUUUUAAACAUUGCAUUAGAGGAGUGCAGUGAGCAGUGUGAAUAUAUGGCUUGUCUGUGGAAAGGAUGCAACAUAACGGUGUUAAUUCUCUCACUCGUUCUAUGCGACAGUAGGCAGCGGCACCGGUGAGCUAUGUGAUAAUAUAUAAACCCAUUUAAAUUAUUUAUAUGAGGAGGAUUUUAACAAACUCUCACAAGUGCUGGGAUGCCGCCUUAGCAUUAACAUUUUUCACGUUAAACGCUCAAUUGUACGUACCACCCACAUAUCCGAGCUGUCUUGUUUUUUCCUUUGACACAAAAGAUGGGUGGAUGAGACGGAAACGUGGCAUCAACUUUGUCUGUAGAGAAUGGGUGUAUUUAAAACCGACAUUGUAGUGCUUUAGUUCAUCAGAAUCAUGCAGCUGCAAAGGGAAAGAAACAUUAUCAAGUUCCCUUACGGGAAUGGUUAUAAAUGAGUAAUAUUUAAAGAGAAAAUGGUCAUUUCAUUUUUAUGUCUGAUGUUUUGCAUAUUACGAUGAUAUAUUUUGGGGGGGGGGGGGGGCAUUUUUCCUUGGAAAGACAGUCUGUAAAUAUUGUACAGUUCUUGACAAAUCUUUGUUUAUACAUUAGAUACUCAGCGAAAUGUUUUGCCACGAGCAGCAUCGCAGAUAUUGAGAUGAGUGAGAUGCAAGACUUCUCUCUGUUCAUAUACAGUAUCUGAGCAUGUGAACGGGUUCGCUUCACACUGUUGCAGCCUGGUAGCCACGGGACCAAAACAGUGGACAAGUUGAGCCUCGCGCUUCAACCCUUUUAGUUGGUCUGUGGAAAUUGACCCACUAUGCUGUUUACUUUCUGCAUCCACGUCAUAUCGCUGAGUCUACCUUAAAUAACUCUCCUGUAUUUGAAACACAAAUAAAAACGGCAAAGAACAA